UUUCCUUCCUCACUAGUUGGGUGCAUUGACACCUCACGGAAUACACAUUAAGGUAGCUUUAAGGAAUGACUUCCCAUUGAGUCUGAAAGCUGUAGCUGAUGAAUUUUUCUUACCAAACCUUAUAUCGACACUUUCUGCUCCAAGGAAGCAUUCCUGAUGUGAACUUAAGCUGGGAACAUGAUUUUCAUAGGCUGGAGGCAGCUGAUAAGCUUAUGUAGCAGACACAUCUUCAGUACAAGUCUAAAGCAAAAGGAUGGAAGCAGCUGUUCACUUUGGAAGUGCUACCACCAGAAGACUUCAGGGAGUCUCCUGGAUCCAAAGAUGAGACUGUUUUUGGAAGCAAACACGGAAGUCAUCAGCAGUGGGAACCUGACACCAGAAAUAAGGUUAAGACUUCUGACUCCUCGCUGUCGAUUUUGGCGUGACAAGGCUGCCUUAUGGCCAUAUGGGGACCCCUACUGGGCAAUCUAUUGGCCAGGAGGCCAAGGACUAGCCAGAUACCUUCUCGAUAACCCCGAGGUUGUCAGAGAGAAGAGAGUCCUCGAUCUUGGAAGCGGGUGUGGAGCAACAGCCAUAGCAGCCAUGAUGAGCGGCGCAUCGCACAUUGUUGCCAACGACAUUGAUCCUGUUGCAGGAGCUGCCAUGCUGCUGAACUGUGAAUUGAACAACCUGAAUCCUUUCCCUGUUCUCACAGAGAACCUCAUUGGUACAGAGGUAGACAACUGGGAUCUUAUUAUCCUAGGGGACAUGUUUUACAGUGAAGCUCUUGCAGACAGCCUUCAUCAGUGGCUGAAAAACCACAUCCAGACUCAUAGGACUAAAGUGUUAAUUGGAGACCCUGGCAGGCCCUAUUUUGUGUGCCACAAAAUUCAGAAGCAGCUUCUCAAAGUCAGCGAAUAUGACCUCACCAAAUCAACUCAGCAAGAGAACAAUGGUUCCACCAGUACUGUGGUUUGGCACUACCAGCCUUGACUCUUCAUGGACCUCAAGUGCAGAAAUACUGGACUAUAUUGCAUGUCACUUGAACCACUAAAAGCCCCAUUUUGUGGCAGUUCAAA